AUGACUUCCGGUGUCUUUCGCGUUUCUCCUGAGUCGGUGAGGUGCCCAGACGGCGAUGCCGGAUAUGUAGGUCCCUUGGGUUCUGGGCCGCGGAGGACAGAGUCAGCUGCAUACCCCGUGAGAUGGCUGGCCCCCUACCAGUGCCUCUUCGCCAACAUUGAAGGGCUCUUGUAUACGACACUCUUCUGUUCGCGACCCGCAGAAGGAGACUUAUCAAUGCGUUCCCUCGACGUCUCGGGUGGGGGAGCCCCGGAGCCUGUUAGAGGUGGCAACUCGUACGACCCUAUGCAAGCUUCCCAUCAGCGCCGGCUGAACCUAUUACAUCAACAGAACGCGCACCUUCGUGGUAUCGUCGAGGAACAGGACGACCAGAGAGUAGCUAUUACCCGCACUAUCAUAGAAGUCUUCGACAAGUAUAAGGCCCAGUCAUCACAGGUAUCCGGGGACUUGACACGCCUCGUCGGCUGUCCCCAGCCAUGA